AUGAAAAUAUUUUUGUUAAUCUUUCUACAAAUAAUAUUCUUAAAUGUUUGUAAAUGUUUAGAAAUCAACAAAAUUCAGAAAUCAGCAAUAGAAAUAAGGAAAACUACGAAUGGUAAAAAUAUUAAUAAUAUAAAUAUUGUUGCUCCGGUUGAUAAUGAAACUGAUAUUAUUAGAAAAAAACGAUCAAGCAUAAAUAGAGAGCGAUUAAUUAAAGUUAGGUUAGAAGAAGAAAAAAAUUUGGAAAGUUCAACAAAAGGACAAGAAUUGAAGCGAUUUGAUAAAAAGGUUGAUGAAGGAAAUAAGGAUGGAAAAAUAAAUGGAAGAAAAGUGGUGAUUGGAGAAGAUAAUGAUAAAAAAUUAAAUGAGGAAAACGGAUUGGAAGGUUUGGAAUUACAUAGAGAAGGAAUGAUGGAAGAGAAAGUUAAAGAGAAGAAACAAUUAAAUAUUAAGGAAAAUAAUGAAAAGGAUGAAGAUGAAGAUGGGUAUAAUGAAGAGAAAGUUAAGAUGAAUGAAGUCGAUGUAAACAGAAUGGAUGAAGAGGGGGAAGAAGAUACUCAAGAAAAUAUUUAUGAAAAUGCAAAAGGGAAAGAAAUUGAUAAAAUGAAUGAAGUGGAUGAAAGGGAAGAAAAUAUGGAAGAGAAAGUUGGAAUAAAUAAAUUGAAUGAAGAAGAGGAGGAAGAAGAAGAGGAAGAGAAUAUUAAAGGCAAAUUUAAAGCAAAUGGAGGAAAUAAUGCGAAUAAAUUACAAAACCAGCAAAUUGUAGAAGAAAAUAAAAUAAAUGAAGAAAAGAUGGAAAUGGAUGAAGAAUUGUUUGAAAUAAAUAAUGAAAAUAAUGAGAUUAAAAAUAAACGUUGGGGGAGAGUAGAAGAAAGUUAUUUUAGUGAAGAAUUAAGUGAUGAGGUAAAAGAUAAAGAAGAAAUUGAAAAACUUAAAGAAAUUGAGAAAGAAAAUAAAAAUGAAAAGAAAAUUGGAAUUGAAGAAAAGGAAAGGCAAAUCUUCAAAUUCGGUGAUGAAUUUAAUAAUAAUAAUAAUUACAACAAACAACAAAUAGACAAAAAACAAUUUUUUGGAUUAAAAGAUAAUUUUGGAGAAAAUAAUAUUCAACAAAAAUUUAAUGAAUAUAAACAACAACCUCAACAAUUAACCUAUAAUUCUUAUCUUAAUUUAUUUAAUCCGGAUGAAGGUUUUUUGAUUUAUUAA